CAGCAUUAAAUUUGAAAACAAUACCAAAACAUUGUCUGAAAAAUAAUGAAUCAAAUGAUGAAACCAUUGCUGACGUACUCGAGGUUAAGACAGAUCACCGGCGAUCUGAUCCGUGCAUCGGUGGCAGUGAGAGGACAGCAACGGUUGUUGUCUUCGAUGAGUAAUAAACGGAUAACUCGUUUGCGAAGCGAACUCUCGGUCUCUGAAACCGAACUCAAGAGUAGUGGCAAUGAAUCCCUUCUGAAGACACGACUCGUGAAUAGGAAUCCAAGAAAUUUGGAACAAAUGCUCUUCGAAUACAAACCACUCGGUUAUGAACUGGACGUUCCCGACAGGACCUACUGGAACAAGAUUGUCUUCGACACGAGUGGCAAACACUUGACGGCCAGUAUUGUCCACAACUCCGGACGUAUUAUUGUCAGCGCUUCCACUAAAGAGGCGGCGAUUGGCCAACAGUUGAAGAGUUCCCGAGGAGUGGCCGCAGCGACCAGUUUGGGACAAGUGUUGGCGAUGCGGGCCUUAGAAAGCGGUGUACUUCAAGUGUUUGUUGGCGUUGAGUACGAAUCGGACCAAUCGCUCAAAGCGAAGGCAUUUCUGACUGCCCUUAAGGACAAUGGAUUGGUGCGGACAGCCGUCGGCACAUUUGUCGGCCAUUUAACAGCUUAUGGCGGGAAAGACGUGACCCAAUUUUUAGGGAUACCGUACGCCGAGCCACCCAUUGGCUCAUUACGGUUCAAACGGCCCGUCCCUUACCGAACAUCUAAUCAAUUAAAAGCCAAUCGAUGGCCAAAUCCAUGUCUACAACGAGACAAUCACUUACAGCUCAAUAACUAUAAUUUCAGCGAAGAUUGUCUUUAUCUCAAUAUAUGGAGUCCGAGAGUCCAACUGUGGCCUAAUGUGACCCAUAAGCCGGUGGUUGUGCUCAUACAUACGGGCGCUUUCAUGUUUGGCUCUGCAUCUGAGGCCACAUAUAAUGGAGUUGUAUUGUCAGCAUUGGGUGAUGUGAUUGUCGUCACAUUUAACUAUCGUCUCAAUGUGUAUGGCUUUCUGUAUACGGGAACCGAAAGCGUGACCGCAAACGCCGGAAUGUAUGACCAAAUGCUUGCCAUUCAAUGGGUCGCUCAACACAUCCGUAAUUUUGGAGGCGAUCCCAAUCGAGUGACACUCGUUGGACAGUCAACUGGCGCUCUGUCAGUGGGUUUUCAUAUAUUAUCGCCAAUAAGUAAUAAACUAUUCUCGAGAGCAGUGCUUAUAAGCGGUUCACCACUCGAGCACCGGUGGCUCUCAGAGCCAGAAAUGGCAAAACAGUUUUGGAUUAAUUAUGCAAAAGAUGUCAAUUGUAUGACUGGUAGAGAGGAGUCUAUGAAUUCAAUUGCAUUGAAAUGUUUACAGAAAGUGAAUAGAAAUAGAUUGCCAGCAAUGAGUGAUAUUAAACGCUAUUCUAUGGACCCGUUUAUAGUGUCAGCGCCCGUAGUCUUUGAUUCGCAUUUUAAUACUAAACUCAACGAAACACUCAAAACACUUAACAGUAAUAUUUCAAUAUUGUUUGGAUACACGGAUGACGAGGGCUCGUGGAUGUUGUCAUUGCAGGACAACCAACGAUUUGGACCACAAUCUCAACAGAAUAUGACUUUUAAUGACACCGUCUCUAAACUUAAUGAAUUUCUGCUCAAAAUCAAAUCAAAUACGGAAUUUGAAAUUAAUGUCAUCUCUACGACAACCGAUCGGCACGUGUUUGAGGGCAUCGUCUCGAGUGUAAGCAAUGGACUGAUCAAUGAGUGGAUCAAUUAUUUUAGUGAUUAUUUUCUCUUAAGAACCACCAAAAGGUUUUUGGAUAUAAACUUAAUGAAAGGCAACAAUGAAUACUGUGGCUGA